AUUUCAUAAAAUAUAUUUUAAUUUUUAUGGAAUUUUAUUCAUAAAUUAUAAUAGUGUUGUAUCCAUAAAACUGGCUUUAGUAUCCAGUAUAGUUUCGUUUUCAAACUCGAUUUUAAAAUCUUUACUUUUAUCAAAACUAUAAAAGUAAACAAUUAUUGUUUCAAACAAUUUUCAUAUUAAUCUAAUGAAUUAUAAAAAUAUGUUUUAUUAGAUAUGACAAUGCACGCGUAAAAAGUGCGCACGAUUCCCGCAAGUCAGUAAUAUCCCAAAUUAGUUUUAAAAAAAUGUUUUAUUAUAAUUUUGACAAUUAACCAUACUAAUCAAGUAUAUUUAUAUUAAGAAUAACAAAAUUAUGUUAGUAUGGUAUCGUAUGUUAGUGUGAUCCUUAAUUUUCAAUAUUAGAUUUUUAUCAGUCAUUAUUAUUUAUUUCAAUAUCUCUAUUGUAUAAUUUAAAAACAAACUGUUUACCAGCGGAAAUAUAACUUAAUUAUUCAAUAAAUAUAGUAAAUACUAGUUAAAAAAAUUGAAUCAAAAAUAUGGAGUAAAUUAUGAACUCUUUAAAGUUUAAAAUAGUUUUUAGCUUCAAUGCGAAGCUGAGAAGAUAUUGGUUUUACUAAGAUGUGUUUUUUUUUUUUUGUGUCUGUUACCACUUUUUCUCAGCUAUCACCAAACUGAUUUCUUUCAAUGAUACGUCAAAAGAUCACAAAUUUUAUCUAAUCGAAGAAAUUACCCUCAAAAAUUUAAAAAAUUUCCCCCUUUCACCGUAAAUGGAGUAACCUCCAAAACAAUUACAAAUUAAAAAAUCGUUAAUUUUCGAAAUUUGUUCGGUCGUGAUGAAACAGUUUGGUAGUUUUCAUCUCUUCAACAAGAGCGCGACAUGUCACAACUGGUUUAUCUGUUGGGGUAGUGUGUAACAGUGGUCGUGAAGGAUUCAUUCGUGCUCAAUUAGUCGGCCGUUUCGGUUAUAUCGACGCCAGGUAUUUUUGGGUCGAGUAUUGCCUUGUCGCCACAAUGUUCAAUUUGAGUUGCUCAACGGCUUGUUAUAUGUUACGGUGUUUUUUUGUUGUUGCCUUCCCUGCAUCUGAAGUGUCACAAUGUUCAUCACCUUCAAACGGCAGUGGGGCAAUUAAUAUUUUCAAUCCAUUAAUAACUUGUAUGAGAAAUGCACUACAUUUUUUCAAUUACUCAACGCCUGUUCUUACAGUUUUAAAUAAAUUAAUGAAGUGGCAAUCAAAAAUUAAAAAUACUGAAGAAAUAGUUGACAUUAAUACUGCUGAAAAUGAAAGUAAGGAACUCAUUGACUUUAAUAUUUUUGACGAAAAUUAUUUAAGUUUUAAUCGAAAAGUUCUCAAUAAGUAUAAUACGGAAAAACACAAUAAUAUAUUCGGCUGUUUCAACAUACGCCACAAAGAUUUAAAAGAGAAUAUUGCAAAGGGUGUACAGAAAUUUUGUAUAGAUUUAGGCUUUGAUGGCUUUGAUGUUAAAAAAUAAAUAGCAUCAUUUUACUCCAAUAAUGUACAUAUAUAUUAUCUUAUCCGUGAAAUUGUCUUGAUUACUGGUUAUACUAUAUUUUUCAUAAUACUGGCUUAUUUUAAGAUAACUAAUUAGCAAACCUUUAAAAUAAAUAAAAUCUAUUAUGAAAAAUGUAAAUUUAUUAAAUCAGUUAUAGUGUAAUACUUUCUAUUUUAGAGUGAAAUUAUUU